AUGGCCUUACUCGAUAUCCAGUCAGUUUCUCCUCAGAUGAAUAAUGAUUUCAACGUCAGGAUACUUAAUUAUAAAGUUGUCGAUGAAGGAAAAUACGCAUUGUACACGAUACAAUUAACAGUCGAUGGCUAUACGUGGGUAGUUGAACGUCGAUAUAGCGAAUUUGACGCCAUGGAUAUGCGUCGAUUCCCGGAUCGAAAGAAAUCCUUCCUUCCUCCAAAGAAAUUGAUAAGGAACUUGGAUGCAGAAUUUCUGGAGGAACGGCGUAUGGAAUUGGAAAAAUACUGUCGAGCAUUACUCGAGUUAGAAGUGUGGUACCAGAAACAGAAGAAAGUCAAUUCACUGCCUUUAUUGACUGCCAAGUUCUUCGAUUUUCAUCAAUACGUGAGUUCAACCAUGUCCUUUUAUUUUGGCUUAUUUUUGUAG